UAGGAAAAACGAGGGCCGUAAUCCUGACAGAUACUUCGUGGCGUUUGGGGGAAGAGCUGCUGUUCGUGUUAGCAGCGUGAUAAAGCGGCACCAGGAGCAGUCAGGAAGGAAACAGCAUGGCUUUAAACCUCACCGUCAACCCCAGCAACCCACCGCUAGGGGCGCUGUUAGCAGCAGAGCAUGUGAAGGGCAGCAUCAGUGUCUCUGUGGAGGAAGGCAAAGACACCAAGCUCCAAGUCUCUGAUCAGGUGCAGUUCAGUGAUGUGAACUCCAUUACACGUUACCUUGCACGUGUAGCACCCAGUCUGGGUCUGUAUGGCUCCAACAUGCUGGAACAAACUGAGGUGGACCACUGGCUUGAGUUCAGCGCCCGGCGUCUGAGUGGACAGCCAGACCUGGCUCAGGCUCUUACAGAGCUGGAUGCAGCACUGUCACUGCGCACCUUCCUGGUGGGACACACCGUGACACUGGCUGAUCUCUGUGUGUGGGCUGCUCUCAAAGGAAGUGGGGAGUGGCAGGCAGUGCAGGCUAAACCCGGCUCCUUUCCUCAUGUGUGCCGCUGGUUCUCUUUCCUGAGCUCUCAGGUGCCCUUCAGUGAGGUGGGCACCAAGUGGGCCAGCAAGCUCGCUGGCAGCCAGGCCACUCCUGUUGUGAAAGAGAAGAAGCAGGAUGUUGGGAAGUUUGUCGAGCUGCCUGGUGCUGAGAUGGGCAAAGUCGUGGUGCGAUUCCCCCCGGAGGCCAGUGGGUACCUGCACAUUGGCCAUGCCAAGGCCGCCCUUCUCAACCAGCACUACCAGGUUAACUUCAAGGGCAAGCUGAUCAUGCGCUUUGAUGACACAAAUCCUGAGAAGGAGAAGGAGGACUUUGAGAAGGUGAUCUUGGAGGAUGUGGCCAUGCUGCACAUUAAGCCAGAUCAGUUCACCUACACAAGCGACCACUUCCCCACCAUCCUGCGUCUGGCCGAGCAGCUGCUUCAGGAAGGCAAGGCCUACAUUGACAACACUCCCCCUGACACCAUGAAGCAGGAGAGGGAGCAAAGAAUCGAGUCACACAACCGCAACAACUCUGUGGAGAAGAACUUCCAGAUGUGGGAGGAGAUGAAGGCAGGCACAGAUUAUGGUCAGACCUGCUGUAUGCGAGCUAAGAUUGAUAUGAACUCCAACAACGGCUGUAUGCGUGACCCUACACUGUACCGCUGCAAAAACACCCCCCAUCCCCGCACUGGCAACACAUACAAGGUGUACCCCACAUAUGACUUUGCCUGCCCCAUCGUAGACAGCAUUGAGGGUGUGACCCACGCUCUCCGCACCACAGAGUAUCAUGACCGAGAUGAGCAGUUCUACUGGGUAAUCGAUGCCCUGCGGCUGCGGAAGCCCUACAUCUGGGAGUACGCUCGACUCAAUCUCAACAACACUGUGCUCUCUAAGAGGAAACUCACCUGGUUUGUGGAUCAGGGUUAUGUGGAUGGCUGGGAUGACCCACGAUUCCCCACGGUCAGAGGAGUCCUACGCAGGGGAAUGACCGUUGAAGGGCUCAAGCAAUUUAUUGCUGCCCAGGGUGGAUCCAGGUCUGUAGUCAACAUGGAGUGGGAUAAGAUCUGGUCAUUCAACAAAAAGGUCAUUGACCCGGUAGCACCCAGGUACACUGCCCUGCUAAGCUCACAGGUCGUUCCCAUCUCCAUUUCCAAUGCCAAGGAAGAAAUGAAGGAGGUGGCCAAACAUCCCAAGAACACAGAUGUGGGGAUGAAGCAGGUAUGGUAUGGCCCAAAGGUGUUUGUUGAGGGGGCAGAUGCUGAGACCUUCACUGAGGGAGAGACUGUUACCUUCAUUAACUGGGGCAACAUCAUCAUCACUAAAAUUAACAAAGACAGCAGUGGCACCAUCUCAUCUCUGGAAGGCCGCCUGAACCUGGAGAACACAGACUAUAAGAAGACCACUAAAAUCACUUGGCUGGCUGAAACCCCCAAAGCUCCCUUCACCCCUGCUGUGUGUGUCAACUACCAGCACCUCAUCACCAAACCUGUGCUGGGCAAAGACGACAACUUCAAGGACUACAUUAACCAGAACAGCAAGACAGAGGAGAUCAUGCUUGGAGACCCAUGCCUGAAGGACUUAAAGAAAGGUGACGUCAUCCAGCUGCAGAGGAGGGGCUUCUAUAUCUGUGACCAGCCCUAUGAACCAGUCAGUCCUCACAGCUGUAAGGAGAGCCCCUGUAUCCUGCUGUAUAUUCCAGAUGGCCACACCAAGGAGAUGCCCACAUCUGGCUCCAAGGACAAAAGCAAGAGCCAGCCAACCACUAAGCCGGUAAGCGCUGAGCCGGAAGUGUCUGCAACCCCUGCAGCCAAAAGCCCAAGCGUAUCUUCGUCUUGCCCUUACACACGCGUAGCUGAGCAAGGCGAGGUGGUGCGGAAACUGAAGGCUGAGAAAGCACCCAAGGACAAAAUAGAUGCAGCUGUGAAAGAGCUUUUGGCUCUAAAAGCUGAGUUUAAGCAGCUCACAGGUCAGGAGUACAAACCAGGCAUGGCUCCUCCUUCUGCAGCACCAACAGAGCCGGCCCCAUCAUCUAGCUCCUCACCUGCUGACCUCUAUGCACAAGUGGCAGCACAGGGAGAGGCGGUCAGGAAACUCAAAACAGAGAAAGCAGCGAAGGAGCAAAUUGAUGCUGCUGUGAAGCAGCUGCUGGCUCUGAAGGAAGAGUACAAGAAGGUGACUGGUCAAGACUACAAGCCAGGAGCUGCCCCUGCUCCAUCAGCCUCUGCUCCAUCAGCCUCUACUCCAUCAGCCACCACGCCAACAGUUUCCUCAGCACCCAAAAGCCUCAACACUGACCCCGUGGACAUAUAUCAACGUGUGGCAGAGCAGGGUGACCUUGUGAGGAAACUGAAAACAGAGAAGGCACCUAAGGACCAGGUGGAUGCUGCUGUGAAACAGCUGCUGGAACUGAAGGCUGAAUAUAAGCAGCAAACUGGAAAAGAGUAUAAACCAGGCCAGGCUCCCAGCGCUGCUUCAGCCCCUGCACAGGCCAGCCCCGCACCUCCUCAGUCCAGCGCGUCCCCUCAGGCCCAGGCUCUGUAUGCUCAGGUUGCCCAGCAGGGGGAGCAAGUGAGAAAGCUCAAAACAGAGAAAGCCCCAAAGGAACAGGUGGACACGGCAGUGAAGACUCUGCUGGAGCUGAAGGGCCAGUACAAAGCUCUCACUGGACAGGAGUACAAGCCGAUGAGUGCUACAGCGGGAACUGGGAGCACAGGAUCAGAGGACAAGAGUCGCAAGGAGCGUGAGAACACUUCUGAGAAACAAGGAGGAGGAGGCCGCAAGCCACAGAAAGGAGGAGAAAAACCUCAACAGGGUCAGGAGAGUGGGGCAGGAGGAGCAGGAGAGGGUCAGGGACUGAAGAAACAAACACGGCUAGGACUUGAGGCAAAGAAAGAGGAAAAUCUGGCUGACUGGUACUCUCAGGUGAUUACCAAGUCAGAGAUGAUUGAGUAUUACGAUGUUAGUGGUUGUUACGUGCUGAGGCCAUGGGCCUAUUCAAUCUGGGAGAGUAUCAAAGAAUUCUUUGACCGGGAAAUCAAGAAGCUAGGAGUGGAGAACUGCUACUUCCCCAUGUUUGUCUCUCAAGCAGCUCUGGAGAAGGAGAAGACUCACAUCGCUGACUUUGCUCCUGAGGUUGCAUGGGUGACGAGAUCAGGGAAGACUGAACUCGCGGAGCCUAUUGCUGUGCGUCCCACUAGUGAGACAGUAAUGUACCCCGCCUAUGCUAAAUGGGUCCAGUCACACAGAGAUCUGCCAAUAAAACUCAAUCAGUGGUGUAACGUUGUGCGGUGGGAGUUCAAGCACCCCCAGCCCUUCCUCAGGACCAGAGAGUUCCUCUGGCAGGAGGGACACACGGCCUUCGCCACCAAGGAGGAGGCUGCAGAGGAGGUUCUACAGAUUUUGGACUUGUAUGCACGGGUGUAUGAAGAGCUCAUGGCCAUCCCUGUGGUUAAAGGAAGGAAAACAGAGAAAGAGAAGUUUGCAGGAGGAGACUACACUACAACCGUAGAGGCCUUUAUCUCAGCCAGUGGAAGAGCCAUUCAGGGUGCCACAUCACAUCACCUGGGCCAGAACUUUUCUAGGAUGUUUGAGAUCAUGUUUGAAGACCCGAAGAAGCCUGGUGAGAAACAGCUGGCCUACCAGAACUCAUGGGGUAUAACCACACGCACCAUUGGCGUCCUGACCAUGGUGCACGGAGACAACAUGGGCCUGGUGCUGCCACCCAGAGUGGCCUGUCUGCAGGUGAUCAUCAUUCCCUGUGGUAUCACAGUCUCUCUGCCUGAAGCUGAGAAGGAGCUCCUGUUGGCUCAAUGCUCCAAGUAUCUCUCCAGGCUGCAAAAAGCAGAGAUCAGGGUGAAGGCUGACCUUCGUGACAACUACUCACCUGGCUGGAAGUUCAAUCACUGGGAGUUGAAGGGUGUGCCAAUUCGUUUGGAGGUUGGACCAAAGGAUCUGAAGCAGAACCAGUGUGUGGCAGUGAGGAGAGACACAGGAGAGAAGAUCAUACUUCAAGAUGGGGAGCUUGAAAAGAAAAUUACGCACGUACUUGAGGAGAUCCAGGACAACCUCUUCAAACGGGCUUCUGCUGAUAUGAAAACACACAUGGUGGCAGUUGACACUAUGGAAGAGUUCCAGAAAGAGCUGGACCAGGGAAAGAUUGUACAGAUCCCAUUCUGUGGAGGCAUUGACUGUGAGGACUGGAUAAAGAAGACCACUGCGAAGGAUCAGGAUCUGGAGCCAGGUGCACCCUCAAUGGGAGCCAAGAGUCUGUGCAUCCCCUUCCAACCACUAAAGACCCUCCAGCCAGGCCAGAUGUGCGUCAGCGGCAAAGAGCCAGCCCAGUACUAUACCUUAUUCGGUCGCAGUUAUUAAGAGAAGGGUUUCUCUAAAAACCUCUCUACCUGAAUCCAGGCCAAAUUAGAGUCUAAAGCAUCUUAGAAUUGACAAAUGUACUAACAUGAAUUUCAGAAAACCAUUGUUCCUUUUUACAUUAACCCGUAGUCAUGAUCAUGCUGGUGUCAUCUGCUUCUCUCUGAGUAAAGAUUGUCUCAGUCUAACUCUCAGGAUAUAUUUGUGUGAGGCAUAGGCAGCACACAUGUACUGUUCUGCUGUCAGAAAUUGAGGCAGAGACUCUCGUCUGGUCUCUGUGAUUUAGACCGAUACUGAAAUAUAAAAUCUUCUACAUCUUUGUCUUUGAGUUUUCUCAUAAUCUGUAUCAUUCAUAAAGCCUAAAGCUUGUCUAUAAUAAAGGGAUCCUCAUUUCUGUUA